AUGGAUUUCAGGAUGACUAGUCAGCAAAUUGUUGAUAAAGAGAACCAUGGAGUCCCUGUAAACGUGGAAAAUAAGGAGCCACAAAGGGUCGUGUCGAUAUUGAAAUCUUCCCAGAAAAUAAAUUGUCCCUCGGAAAAGAAAUUGACGAAAGUAAGUAGCUUUGAAACCUCUGGUGUAAUUUGCUUGAUUUACGUUAUCUUCAGUAGCAAAUCAACUAAGUGAAAAUUAGCGAUUUUUUCCUUGGUCGACUAAGUCACUCUACUGUGCAUGUACUUCGACCAGCUAUUUGCCUUAGGGAGGCCAGACUGUUUCAUCCACACGUUACGCUGCUCAUACCAAGAUAUAACUUUUCUUAUCGUAUUCAAGGCAAGAACGAGAAUUCCUGUUGAACUUAAUUAGGGAAAAUGAAGUUCAUAUGUUUCUCGGUCUUGUUGGCAAUUGCAAGAAAUGUCAGGAACCCUUAUUUUUGUGUUGCAAGGCUUCAAUCGCAUAUUUCUAAAGAGACGAAUCCUUGAGUAACCUAUUACAUUAAUCUUCCUUUCAUCAUUUCCCUUGCUGGUCAUGAUUGGCAGUUGUAAAGUUCAUUAUUUUGCUGACACGUUUCACAAUCAAGAACGUUCUUUUUUAAUUCUGAACUCUCCGCCUCUUGGCCUAUGGAUGCUGUAGUGGCUGUUUGUGGAUGAGCAGAUUUCUUCCACCCCAGUUACCCUUUGGAAAAACCUUUCCUACCCCGCUAAGUUUUUGUUGGUUCCUUUAGAAACAAAUUCCAAAUACGUUAUCUUCCAAGGACACUCAACCUUAGCGGGGUAUAUUUGGAAUAAAAAUAGAACGUCCCUUUAGCCUGGGGCUCUCACUCCACAACAGAGGGGACAAAGAAAGUCAGUGGCACUGAUUUAUGGAGAAUUUGUCCUUAUGGGAGGUAUUUAUAGAAGGGAAAUGUCAGAAAAAAUUUUAAUUUUUUCAUAUUGUAUGAAUAUCAGACCAAAAAGGAAAUGAAAUGUUCUGAUGAAAAAUUUUAAAAGAAAAAAGUUAUAAAGUUUUAUUGAAUUUGUAAAGUUCUACAUUGUGUGCUUUAAGUAUAAUUAUGUAAAUGGAAGUACCUUUUAGGGGUUAUUAUUUUAUUUUAUUUUGAUUCAGAUCUUAUGAUAUAUUUUUUUGUUUACAAUGUUAUUCAAACUAGUUGUUUCUUCUUUCUAGCAAAAAGUAACCGACUUCUAUGAGCAAAGUAGCCGAUGUGUUUCGUUGGCCGUCGGUGCUUAUUGAAACCCAUGGGUUUGACUGUAAUAAAUUACAUUCAUGGUUACUUUAUUUUACAUUUUUAACAGGUCUCAUUCAAGAACUCUCCAGUGCAUCACACAAUAGCUCCUUACAGUACUGACUUGCCACAUGUGUGGCAGGAAAUUCGCAAACUUGACGAAGAGGAAAACUGGACAGAGAGAACACAAAUUUUAACAAAAGAAGAUCAUAAAUUAUAUCUUGAGGUGGCAAAGGUGAGAAAAAUGUAUCAGUUACAAGUGUUUGUUUUGAUUCAGUUUGAGACUCACUCAGAGAGACAAACUUAGCUUAUUGUCCCUCAUGAAAUGAAUUGUUUUAUUUUAAAUAAUUAAUUUACAAUAAAUAACAUACUUUGUAACAGUACAAUCCUUUAAUAAGUUAUUGUAUAAUAACAGUACUUGCUACUCACCCACAACCUAUUUUCUCACGCUGCUAAAAUAAUGCUUAUGUAAACAUUUUGAUAUUUUUAGGUAUAUUUGGGACAGCUCAACUUGAAGGUUCAGCUUCUAUAAGCUGAGAAGCUAAAAGUGUUAUUUGCCCUGAAAGUGAUAAUACAAAAAUAUAUAUAUAUAAAAUAUAUAAUGAAGAACCAGAGCACUUGACGUCCUCAUCGACUAUAAGAGUGCUCAAUAGUUGAACUAUUUAUUGUUCUGUUUUCCCUAUAUCUUUGAUUGUAACCAUUAAUUUUGGCAGUUUCCUGAUGAUUGCCUCACAAGAGGCAUGAAACUCCUGAGUAGCAAUAAAUGUUUAAGAUUUAAUCCAGUUCCAUCACUCUACUUAUAAAAUAUAUAUAAAUGUGAAAGGAAUGACUCUUGUUUUUUCUUUGGAAAGGAGUGGCUUGAGGAGCUCAUAGCUGAUUUACCCUGCUAUAGGUAAGAAAACAUAUCGUGUCAGUCUUAUCUUGUAAUUAAGUACGUAGACGAUCUAACAAUAUUGGAGGUAAUUCCUCGCAACUCUCCGUCUGUAAUGAAAUACCUUGUAAAUGACAUUAACAGCUUCGCUCAUUAUAACAACAUGCAGUUGAACCCUAGUAAGUACAAGCUGAUGCGGGUUGAUUUUUUGCAUUAUAAUAGUUGCUACAGUCAACCAAUAGCGGUAAGAGGGUCUGUUAUUGAAUCGGUGGAAUCGUUUAAGCUCCUCGGGGUGUACAUUUCCUCGGACCUCAGCUGGUCGACUCAUUGCGACUAUAUAAUAAAGAAAUCAAACCGCCGCCUUUAUGCUCUAAGAAAACUGAAAGCUUGUGGGGUGCAAGAUGGGGAGUUGGUGGCUGUGUAUUGCUCCCUACUAAGAUCUGUUCUAGAGUAUGCAUCGGUAGUUUUUGCAAAUUUACCGCAGUAUCUCUGCAUGGCUUUAGAAAGAGUGCAAAAGAGAGCCCUACGAAUCAUCUUUGGUCCUGACUUGAGCUACGAGGACACCCUCGCGCGUGCCGGGCUUCUGUCUCUAGAGGCCAGACGCCACCUGGCAUGCAAGAAAUUUGUGACGGAAACUAUGCACGCUAGCCCGCUUUACCGCCUAAUAUCCAGCAGGGUCAUCUUGUCGCAAACCUCGUAUUCACUGAGGUCAGGACCAUCAUGCCAUGUGUUACCUGGCCGAACUGACCGGUUCUCAGAAUUCGUGUCAGUUAAAUAUUCGCCGUAUAUCGAUUGUGUGUAAUAAUGUGUAUGCGAUUUCUACCAUAUUACUACUUUAUUAUAUUUAUGUCUUUAUAUUUAUUUAUUUAUAUGUAUAAUUGUAUGUUUGUAAGUGCUUUGCCUGACCCUACCUGUAAUUCAGAGAAAUCUGCGAAUGGUGGAAAUAAACAAAUAUUAUUAUUAUUAUUAUUAUUAUUAUUAUUAUUAUUAUUAUUUAACUGUGACCUCACACGCAUAUACUUGUAUUAGUAUUAAUAAUAAAUAUAUACACAGCUUGCAUAUUUAACUUGUUGUUGACAAUAAACUGUAUUGGCUAAUAAUAAUAAAUGAUUCGAUAAUCAUAGGCAGAAAGUUACAGAUAUGGCAACAGCUCUUGAUGACCUUCCUGAAAUAGUUCAUCCAGAAAUACCUAGCAUUGGGGAUGUGAAUGCAGAGGGUGCUGACAAUAUCAAUGACCUGGACACAGAACUCAUGGCAGACUUUUCAAAGUUGCAAAUUGAUCCUGGUGACUGUCCACGUACAUUUUCACCCAUAGGCAGUGAGCGCACAUCACCCGAACAAGGUUUGUUGAGUUAAAGGUCUGAAUUCAUAUACUUUUGAUACUAUUUCAAAGCAAACUCAUCAUGGUAUUUAAGAAGAUAUGAUGUGAUUAACAAGGCUUUUCAAUAAUUAGAUUGUUUAGAAUUGAAAGCAUGAAAAAGGGUGAACUGGUCUCUGUCUGAUUAUUUUAUGCAUUAUUUGGCUAAAGCUAUACUUUUAGCCAUUGGAUACUAAAGCAAUCUUCCAUCUCUUCAAACUGAUUUUUUAAGCUUCUGUCACAUACAGCAGCAAUUCAUUCACAAGAAGACCUGCGGUUUCUCUGCCUAAUGUUACAGGGUCAUUUGGGUGGUUGCACUGUUGGAUGUUAGUAAAGGCAUGGUGACUGAGCAGUGAAAUGCGAAAUUCAAGUUUUGUUAGUCUGGGUAAUGCCUUGCCAUAACAUUGUUCUCUUAAACAAGAAACUUUGCUCCAUUGUGGUUGAGUUUGAAUCAUUAUUAAAUUUAUUUAUGAGAAAGUAUUAUAGAGCUUUCUAUCUGUUUUCUGGUUGCUCCUGUUUUUCAUGAAACAGUUCCUCUUUCAGAUAACCUAACUGACAGCAAUGAAGACAUUGACAAACUCCUUGUGCAUGAUGAAGCAACUGAAAAUGCAGUUCUAAUGGAUGACGUGCUCCAUACAGGCAAUGAAAGAACAGAUAACUUACUUAAAGAAAUAACUAGAGAAGAACAUCCUUACAAGUCUGCUGAACUAUUCAAGGUAAAUCCUGCAGAUCUUGAGAAUGAGUUUCAGGAUCACAGAACUUUAGAAGAUCUUAGCAGUAGUGAAAAGACAGCAGAAGUUGAAGAUAUGUUUAAGCUGGAUGCUGAAAAUCAAAAAGAAGAGGAUGAUCAGUUUGGAGAUGAUGCAUUCAAACCAGCUAGUGAAGGUAAAUACAUGUUGUAGAAACUGUGAAAGGUUUGAACCAAGGAGACAUUUCAUAAAUAGCAAAACUGUUAAGCUGUGAUAAAAGAUGUAUUGAAACACAUCAAUGACAUUAAGAGUCUUCAUAUCCAAUAGCAUCGUGGCUUAACUGAGAGACAGCCAAUAACAUUGCGACUUUAUUGACCAAUCCAGUCAAUAACCAGAGUUUAAUGCCAUAAACUUGAUGUGAUAAAACUCACUUUGAUGCUGAAGUUGACCACCAUACAGGUUGUAAAAAAUAUUAAUGUCAGUCACUGUCAACAACAGUCCUAUUCAAGACUAUGCAUACUUGAAUGAUCAUAUUCCACCUACAUAUGACAUGAUACAGAGAUCAUCCUGAUACAUGUAUAUUUUAGAUAUUUGCAUUAAUAAUCAAUGGUAAUCAUAAAGUGUCGCAUGGGUAGAGUCCCCUCAAUUGCAAGUGAUGCUUGACCUAAUGUCAAAUUCUCCUUUCAAUUCACAAGCAAAUACAGGCGAAUUUGCAAGGAGAGACUAGCAGUUAUACAGAAGUCAAUUAAAGCUUUUCCUCAGCCACCCCUUCUUAUUGUGCAAUGAAUUAAAUAUUAUUGCACUGUUUUUGCCUCUUAAUCUCUCAAGCACCAUCAUUUUGAAUAUUUAAUCCAUCAUUAAAAUAGCAAACUCACAAAGUUCAAACUGACAGCAUGCUCAGACGUAACUUUAGUGAUAAGGAAAUGUGACUCCAACAAAUAACAUUGUCUCUUUAUUUGUUUACAGCCAUGUGGGAACUAGAUUAUCUUGAACAGUGUGGUACUAACAACACAAACUUUAAAGAGGUAGCUUGCAUUUUUUGACCUAGUAGAAAAUUAUUCAAGUAUAACUCAAGCUAACUCACAACUUUUCUAAAAGCAGACCCAUAGAACCUUUUUCUCCGUUGUUAAUGAACUCUCUAUGACUAUUUGAUUAAUAUUUUGACUAAUGAAGCCAUUCAAAUUUGAUUGUAAAUAGAUUAGAACUUUAUCUGUAAUUUAUAAUUAAGUGUGUAGAGGCAUUUUUAGUUAAUAUUUUUCAGCUGCACUAGAUUGUGGUUAUUUUAGGGGUAUCCAUUCUAUCUUUUAUUUCAACUACUUGUGUUCAACUAAUAGACAUUCUUUGUUAUUCCAAACACCAUUCCCUCUAUAAAUUCUUGUCCUCUUUGACUGGUAGGUUUGUUUUUCUAAGGUCUGAUUACAUGAAUGAAUGAUCUAAAAAUAUAAAAGUUGACCCCUUUUUUGCCCUUUGUCCAGUUUGUAUAAAUUACGUGGAUAUAUGUGUUACAGGUCAAAAUUGUAUUCAGGGGUCAAUUUAAUAAAACUCUUACAAGUUUAAUUUACAAGUGUAUCUAUUGUUUUCAGACUCUACACUCAACACUUGUAGAAGUUCUAUUAAAUGACCCCAGAAUUUAAUUUUUGAUCAGUAACAUAUGCAGGUAAACAAGACAAAAUUAAAAAAUGUCCUCUAUCUAGAGUAUUCUUGCAUAACUUACAUGUGAAAAAAACAUACAAGCUGAAGGGGUCUGUUCCAGUUAAGCAAUUUUUUGUACAGGUUACCUUUUAUUUUAAGCAAUGUUUGAUUGCAUUAUUUAUGUCUGUGAGUAUCCAACGACAUAAAGAGAUGUAUAUGAUGAUUGAAAAUAUUUUUCAGAUCCUAUUCUAACAAGUAAAUUCAGUUGUGUUAUUAUUAAUUUGAACUGUAGUUUGUUUACCUUCCAUUUAGUCUUUCUUCUUCUUACUCAGUCUUUCCAUUUAAGAUGUUAUUUGUGCAUUCCAGUGAAUUUCUUUUAUAAAGGAAUUUUUAGAUCAGCUAAAGUCAUAGAUCCAAUUUUUAUAAUUUUCUUGAUUAUCUAGUAGCCAAAGCCAUAUAUCACGCAACCAGGGACUUAGCUCUCUUCCAUUUCACUCUAGACAUUUGUUAUGAAUUAUUUACGAUCUUUGAGUUUAUCAGACAGAUUAUUCCCUUUGUCACCCCAAAUACUUUUACUGGUUCUCUUUCUAUUGGCCUGUAAAUUAUACACAUGUCACACACAACACCUGCUAAGAGUGAUCUUGAAAAAACUAUGACAAAAAUAAUAAAAGCAUCAGAGGCUGAACCAAAAAUUUUAUGAUAUAUUUCCUUCAAAAAAUGCCUUUAUCAUAAAUGAAGAAUUAUCUCAUGCCUUUUGGUGAGUAAAAAACUAAGUUACAUGCAAGCAAUUUCCAUUUGUGUUUUCUGACCUAGUAAAUGUUGAGGAUAUAAGUUCUAGUUGUGUAUGAUGGAACAGAAAUUUUCAAGCAGAAUUGCUUGUUAAAUGGGUUAAAAAAUGAUCCUUCAGUUUCCUGGUUUUGAGUUUAGUAAUGUAGGGAGUAAUUAUUAUUAUUGUUGAGUGUUAGGCUGCAUACUUUGUCAGAAUGUUUGGCACUGAUGUGGUGGUGAAUACAGCAAAAAUUGUCUUUGUUUCGCAUUGAUGACAAAGGAUGGUGCCAUAUUCAGCGUGCAAAGAAAGUAGUGUCCGAUAGCCCGGGGCUAGUGGAUUUUGCUAUCGGGCUAGUGAAAUCUGUUUUUAACUUGCCCAACGGGCAAGUAAUGUUCUUUGAGGACUUCGAAUAACACUUCUUCACACUUUAGUUAAGACGAGCUGCUUUUCGAAAACCCCGAUCAACUUUACUGCAGACCCGAUCAUUUACGAUCGAAGUCGAACGGGCUUACCGUUCGACAUUUUUACUAAAAGAUUGCACCCUGCAUAUUUUAGUACUGUGAGAAAAUUCUGCACAUCACAAUUUAUUAAUCAAGGAAAGUGGAUAUUUCGAUUUCAAGGGUGACACAGAAUAAAGAGCUUAGAAAGAGCUAAUGAAAUCCAAAAACAAAAUUGUGGGUGACCACCUACACAUAGCUUUCAGAGAUAAUAGCAUUAUGAAGCCUCCAUUUUGUGAAAAUUAUCUUAAAUUGUGACGUAUUUUGAACCUCCUUAGCAUUUUCGAUAAAAAAUGAAAAAUGCAUCUGUGGAUUUUAAAAGAUUAUGCUGAGAUUUUUUUCAAAAUUGUUGCAGAAUAUGUUUUUUUUUUCUUUUGUCUUUUGCUUAACCUUGUCUCAGUGUUAGCUAAUAUUCUCAUUAAUUUUGGUGAAAACAGAUAUCUAUAGUUAAUUGUUAAAAAAACUGACUUCUUAUCAUUUACUUCUUCUUCCUUAAAACCUUAGAAUUGUGUAGUUCUAUAUUUAUUACAGCUGAAGUGUAAGAUGUGUUAUUGUUUCGCUUCUAAUAUUGCAGUCUGCCCUAGCCCGUCAGUCUUUGUAUGUCAAAUUUGACCCUCUUAUUAAAGGAGCAAGUCCACAAAGCCCAAGUAAGAAAUCUGUAGCAGUUUGAAUAAUUUAUAAGUAAAUAAACUUUUGGGAUAAUUGAUGUUGAGAGAUUCAUUUUCAUGCAUAUAUUUCACCCUUAUUUUCAGCUCAAAAUGUAAAGCCUAUUUUGCUUUUACAAUGUUUUUCUCAUACCAUGGUGAUGAAAGUGUCCAUAACUUUUAUCUCCCAGGAUAUUUUUUUGUUGAUUGAAGGACAGAAGGUAAUGGGAAUUUUGAGCAAUAAAUUUAUUGGUUGUAAAUUAGUCUAAAACAUCAAAGAAACGAUUCAAAUCGUAAAAGAACAACUGGUACAGAAAAGCCAAAUUAAAAUAGAAAACAAAUUGGCCAGGCUUCUUCCAGUUUAUAUGAGAGGCCAUUUUCCAAUGCUCUGGAAUCAUCUUCGUCAGUAUAUUAUUGUUGUGAUUCAGUCAAUAGAGUAACCCAUCUGGGAAAUUUCCAGGCACUUAAAUAGUAGGGAGCGGUGGGAAGAAAAGAAAUUGAGGACAAAUGAGAGGGACUGGGGAAAGGGGCGAGUAAACCUCCGUCCCCACCCUCUUCCUUUUUUUUUUGUGCCUCCUUUUACUUCACACCACUCACUACUAUCUGAACUUGGAACAGACUUGGGAAAUGAGCAUCCCCGUUCCUCCUUGGGAGAAACACCAGACCCAAGUGAGCUACUUACAGAUCUUAUCCUAAUACAGUACUCUUAUCUUUUUUUUUCUGUGUCAGUGAAAAACAAAGUAGGUGUGAGAGAUGUUUUACCACCAAAGCCUCCAAGGUGAGAUUAGCUUGUUUUGAACAUAUUUUUUUGUUUUUUUAUUUUAAAUACCAUUUUAAGCCGAGGGGAAGAAGCUUUUUUGCACAGACUGAGUGACGAAUUACUCCUUAAUUUUGGAGCGAAAUUUCAGCGUUGAUUUACUCGUCACCAUUUGAUUACACAUACUAAUUUGAAUUAUUUUUUGUACAGCUGUGCUCCAUAACAUUCCUGUAUACGAGGGCCUAAAAUAGGGUUUCCAAAUCCCGUUUCCCGCCACUAUUUUUUCUUUCAUCCCUGCAUCCCGCUUGCUUGCUCGUUUUUCCAUCUAAGGGAUGUCGAAGAGGCCGACAGAGUUACCGUUCAGGAAGCGGAUACCAUGUUCCUCGAUGAUACGAUGCGCCCAACACCGAAUCGUGAAUUAUCCUAGUGCAUUGUCGUCGUCCAUCUCGGUUCCCGCCUUGCUAAAAAUAAUAAAGAUUUUCCGCAAACUCCUGACCAUCCUGCAUCCCGCCAACCCUAUGUUAGGCCCUCGUAUACCGCCAGCAGAAAGGUUACGGUUAUUGCGCGGUUGCUACUCUUUGCAUCUUUUUUUAUUGCCAUAUUUGCUUACCUUACUUAGCAUGGGCGACAAUCUGCUGUUGAUGGAUUCGCCAGCACCCAACCUUAAGUCUUCUGGGGCAGUUAGUCGCCGAGCCUACACUGAUCCUUCUACAGCACAAAAUGCUGAAAGUCCGUGUGGAGUUGACAAGUUGUUAAAUUUCUCUCCUUCAAAGCUGAGUGAGGUAACGUCACAAAAUUUGUCACAAAAAUAAAGCUUUAUUUUUCUCUUCCCCGGCCUCGUACCUUUCGAGCAGAGGUUUGUUUCUGGCAUGGCUUUCAGCAUUUACGAAGUCGUUCGCGUGGCUUGCAAAGCCAUACCAGAAAGAAAGCUCUGCUCGCAGGGUACUGGCCUCGCGCUCUUUGCGCGAAAAGUACAGCUUUAUUUUCCACUCUCCUCUCGUGCUUCGCGCGAAAUGCCCUGUUCGUCUUGCGUGGUUCAUAAAGUGCGUGUAAUGCAGGCUAGGUCAAGGACUCCUGAAAUAAUAGCAAGACAGUGAAGCAGUGACUUACUAAGACGCCAUAUAAUGAACAGUAUUAGAUGCAAAAUUGAUUCUUAAUGUCUCUCAAAACUACGUGGCUACUCACAAUGUUAUCUUUAAUGUCCUCACUAAAAUCUAUUUCUCCCCGCGACCUAAUCAAAAAAGGCCUUGCAAGAUUCGUUCUCAUUGUGCGGUCAAACGUUUUGCAGUGACCGCCAGAAAUGUCAUAGACACCGGGCAGCCAGCGGGGUCGUAGCUCAAGAGUCCAAACAUUCACAAUUAGGAAAUAUCUUUCAAGUUUUGACGAAAGCUUUUUUAGGUAUCCAACACAUUCUGAGCGCUAAGUUCACUUCCGAGUUUCUAGUCGCUUUUGAAAAUUAAAAAACUUAAGAGGUAGGACUGAUUUAUAAGUUGUUUUUUUUUUUUUACCUUUUUCAUUCUUUACUUGUGAUUAAAAUGUUCCGUUUCCCAAGACGGAAAUGAACGGUGCAGCGAAAACGUUCAAAACUUUAAAAGUGUUUUCGCGUUCUUUUCAACUUCAGUUUUAUCGCCAUUAUUCAAACUAUCAAUUUGUCGGAAAUGUAGUCAAACUCCCCUGGAACUGAUUUCGGAAAGAGAAAAAAAAAAGUCGUUAUCGUGCAGUGACGGCAGAAAAAAAAGUGAACCAAAAACUGUGGCGCAUGUGCAAGAUCAUUAUAAGUUGCCUUCUGCCUUUUUUCUCUCGCCCUCUCCCCCAUCUUUUUCUCGAUUGACCUCUAUAAAUUAACGAAACACGAACGAAAAACAAACCGAAAAAACAUUGCCAUCUUAUAAAAGUCCAUAUUUCUAAAAACUUUCCGUGAUACUGGAAGAAAGCACUCAUUUCCUCAUGUUUCUUGUAAUUUUCUUUGUAACACAUGAAAUUUCGUGUUAUCGAAAAAAUUCCUAUAAAAUGCUGAUGGGGUCAGCAUUUUUGGCUUUCAUUUUCUAUAAAAAGAUACAAUAGCGUCUUGGCUUGAUAUGGUUUCCCUAGUUCCCUAUUUAUUUCAUUUGUGAUAUUGUUGCGUGACAAGGCCUCUCAAACACUUUUUUUACUUUCUAUGAAAAAGGCGUUUUCGUUUUGGAACCCGUAUUUAUAAACUUAAAAACACGAUUUGGAAGUUUAACUCUAUUACCCUGUGCGAGCAGAGGUUUUUCUCUUGCAUGGCUUUUAGGUUUACGAGGUCGUUCGCGUCGCUUGUCAGUCGUGUGGUUGGUCUGUUUUCCAGUGCCCUGUUCCUGAAAGACCGAUCAGCGCUAAUCCAGGAUUAAAAUUUUAUUCCGUUUUUGUAUUUUACUGCUUUAUUAUAGAGUAAAAGUUUGUGUUAUCAUUUCUUUAUCUCGGAGUAAAGGCUCAACAAUAUUUUGUAAGUUCGAGUUAAAAAACUGUUUUCAUGCGCGGAUUAAACUUAACCAUCUUUCGACCUAACAGGUCUAACAAGCGACGCGAACGACUUCGAAAAAGCUAAAAGCCAUGUUAAAAAGAAACCUCUGCACGCAAAACCUUGGCGAUAUAUUUUAUUACUUAAGAAAUGCCAGAAAAGAAUUUAUAUGGAUGUGAAAGAUUAAGUUCUGUCAAAUAAAUAAAAAAAUGGGGUGACCUUCAAGUUUGCGGUCUUUUUAGUUAAUUUUCUUCAUUUCUGAGAACAUAAGGUUCUUUUCUAGCCAAUGACGAAAUUAAACUGUAAGGUAAUAAGUUUUCUUACGUUUUCCUUACCUUGUUAACAUUCUCCUUGGUUACGAAGGAACUUGCAGCCAUAAUGAUAAAAUAUUCAAUGGCAUGACUUUUUAUUUUUGCCCAUUCAGUUUAAAAUGUUAAUGUAUUUAAAUUUUUGUUUCUCUUGGCUCAUUCCUGCCAAAAGGCGGAAACAAAAGCCUUUUAAAACAACCCUCCGCUCAGCGAAGAUGAAAACAUUUCGCUUCUAAAUCUAUUUUCAGGUUAUGAGAACAGAACCCGAACGAAGGGAAGAACAAAUUGUGGAAGAAGCGUAUAUUGUAGAUAACCGUUCUACAACUGAGGCGAGCAACAUUGAGGUCAACGAGGAAGAACCACGGCGUGAAAAGGUAAAACAAGAAAUUAAAAUUUCUUUGCUUUUUACAUGUAUAGUCAGAAAGAAAUUCCUUUUCAUUGAUACUUUGUGUACUUUGUGUCUACCGACACUUUAAACGAUAGAAACCUUUUAGAAACGAACGAAGGCGAUUUCGAUUUUAAUAAGUUCACGUUUAGUCAGUGGGGAUGUGUUUCGUUUAUAAAUCUCAUGUGCUGAAACUGUAUAUUUUCGCUUGGAUGAGCUAGGACAAGUACCGUUCGCCGUUCGUAUACAAAACUUGUUUGCGGUGACAACCGAAAGCAGUGAAAACCAACGAGCCGGUGCAAACAUCCUCGCCGUUUUUGUGGAAAUCUGCUGAGAUUCUUCGACUCAAUAAUUUUGCUUUUAAACACCAAAAUUACGCACGAUCCGCAGGCCUCGAAGUAUCGAUAUUCAGGAAACGAAAUUUUAUUCCUUUGCUGAGCGAAUAUAUUUGUUAGACAGUGCAUCAGUCAAUUCAUGUCAGUUUUAAUACCGGGUUAUAUCAACGGCUUGAUUUGAAUUAAUUAUUUUAUUUUGACUUAUUCUGUGUUUCGUGUUUGCUUUUUCUGUUCAUUCUUGUGGCAAGAAUCCUUAGGUAUGAAUCUAAUAGUCAGAUAUUAGUCAGAUAUGUAAAGAGAUAAUUUAAAUCAUGCAUUUAUAACCUAGAGUUUCCGGAUUUUCUUGAUUCCAAAGCACAGCUUUUUACGUUUUCUACCAAAUAGUUUUCUUUUUUUUUCAUACGGGACGUUUUGACUCAGGCAACCGUAUAACACUAUUUACACGAAAAGUGGCGUAGAAAUCGUAACGUUUUACUGUCCAUCUUUGUACUGAUUGGAAGAAAGUACAAAGAAGACCAAAUGUAAGUCUACGCAGCGUGACUUGUCUUUCCGGGCAUGUUAUUUAUAUAAGACUUUCGUUUUCUUUCUUUCGUGUAAUUCUCUGUUGUGAACUAAAGAUUGUCUUUUCGGAGUGUGAAUCUCAAGAUGAAAUUACAAGAUGAGGAGGACAUAAACUGGCAAAAAAUACCAAAAUGUUUUUGAGAGAAGGUGUUACAUUCAUUGGAUGUAUUCCACUGUUUUUUUUUUCCCCUCUUCUUUAGCUGUCACUUUUAACAGGUUUCUUGCUGAUUCUGCCAUUAUCAAUUUUGUUGUCAUAUAAUGUUAAUGAUCUUUGAAGUAUGUGACUGGUGUUUUGCGUUUUCUUUCGAGCAAACUUUAGAUUAGAUCGUUGACCUUAUAAGGAUGCCAAGCAGACCAAAAAGUAGGCUUCCGACCUGGUUUGUUUGUCAAACAACCUGUAACACCACUCGACAAACGUAGUAACGUUCCCGCCAAAAGUGUUAUGGCGGGUGGCAAGCGACUUUUAAGUGGCUUUAGUCUGAGACAUUCAAUGAAGAUGACGGUGUUUUCAAGUCGUGAACAACAUUGCGACUCAACCUCAAAAUUUUUAAAAAGUAUAUGAGUUGAUUUCUUUUUCUGGCGUCGAGUUUACUUCCAUAUUAAGUUUAGUUCCGAUAAAAUGAGGGCGCCGUCUUUGCUGUUUGUGAAACGACUUCGUCUUUUCCUUGAUGUGAUGUGAUCACUGUGAUUGAGAUCAAACAACAAAGAUCAUGGUUUUGUGGUCUUUUUUCAAGAAUGUUAUUUGUCUGGGACAAUCGAUAAAUGAGUGUACCAUGAAAAAGGAGGUUAGCCUUGCUUAAAUUUUUAUUGUGUUACUGUGAACGUUUUUCAUCCGUAAAAAACAUCGUUUAGUUUGUUAAGGUAUCGUAGAGGAUUUACAUAUGUUUUAAGGACUGUUUAAGUUUAAUGCGGGAUCAUGGUAAGCAGACGGUGUACAGGGGGCUGCAGUAAUGUUACGUUUUUGUAGUACUCCACGACGCUUCUUGUAAGUUAAUUCAAAUUUCCGUUGUGUUUUUAUUUGACUAUUCACCGUGGUGUUGGAAUCAAAUCCGGAAUAAUUGUGCGAUUCGUGUUUACUGAACUUGACCGCAAAAUCAUUCAUUAGUUAUGCCGCUUUUCAUAAUAACGGUGAAUGAUGAUUGUGCACGUUGGGUGUAAGUGUCACCAUUUAGAUGAAAACUCCAUAGCAUUAAUUGUCUCUAUUGGUGCUGUUUGUUAUAAUAAUCCUGUGCAAGGUGUUUCUAACUUUUGACCCUAUGGAUAAAAUUCGUUAAAACGUUGCAAUUCCAUUGAAAGAUACUGAGAAACAUUUACCUGUAGUACAGUAACUGUUUGUUAUGCUGCUGGUCCUAACAUACGAGUCUGACGGUUUAUACCCACAAUUUGACCAUUCUAAUGAAAGCUAUACUUGUCCAGCAAUAGUCUAGCCGCCCACGCAGAGGUUCCUACUAUACGAGUUCCAUCCCCGUUCCUUUCUUCACAUGGAAGGAACGCGUGACGAAUUCCCAAGACCGUCUGCGUGGGAGGCUAGCCACAGGCGUACAAAAGGUGGAUAACGCUAUUAUCUGAAUAAAUCGCUGUCCAGCAUGUGGAAAACAUAGUUGGUUUCUCUAACACAUAUCCACUGGAUAGCGAUUUACCGCGACAGUUAGAGAUACAGCUCAAAGUGUCACCAGUCAAAUCCUGGUUAUUUGGAGAAAUUUGAGUGCCUUUGAAAGUGAAACAGUUGCGUCGCACUUUAAAAAAUGCUCUUUAUUUGAAUGUCAAUAUAUUUAGCACGAAAAUACUAAUUGAGACACCAUUUUUACUUCUCCGACCGGAGACGUGACCAGCAUUUUAAAUGCUGAUUUUACGUGGUCAUCGGGGCUACGCGAAGAUCUAGCUCAGUGCUUGGGGGGCCAAGUGAGUACCUUCAUUUCUCAGUUAUUUUAAGACCCUGAGUAUUGGUCCGGCCUCGGGAAUCGAACCCGCGACCUCCCACUCUGCGAUCAAGCGGUCUAUCGAUAAUCGACUGAGCUAGUCCGGCCGCGAUCAUUUUCAUCAAAUGUUUGGCUUCUGUGGACUUCUUGUCUCUUCUUUGUACGCUUGAAUUAACUUUUUUCGUUUUCCCUUUUAGGCGCUGUUUUAUACCAAAGAAGACUUUGAUGAAGCAGUCAGAAGAGAAACUGAGGCCCAACGUAAACAGGCAAGAAAUUGUUGUAACUUACGGAUUUGAUAAGGAAUAUUAACUCCGUCUGCUAUUUCACUCCACGGACCCUUUGACCACAAGAAGAGUCUUAAUAAUAUUAGAAAUAGAGUGUAGCACGAGAGGGUACGCACGCGUCGCUCGCGUCCUAAUGUGUCAGCCUGUGUUUUUUUAGCACCGCGAAAUAAAAGGUGCAGUAAAUUUAACGCAUGGCUCGACUGUCACGAGCAUACGGGAAACUAUCCCGUUCCAGGCUCCGAGAUAGUCGGGCCCGCUGAAUUAAGAAAGCGUGAAGACGAAAAUAAAACGGAAGGAAACUGGGGAGAUCGCCCCGUCAACUUUUCGCGGGCCUUUUACUUUCGCGUCUUCCCCACUAACUGAGAGCCUGGAACAGGGUAACGAAAAAAAAAAGGAUUCAACAUUUCCUUUGAAUAAAGGCAAUAGCUUACUUAGUUUCCUUUACCGCUUUUCCUCACCAGGCGUUGUUUUGCAGCAAAGAAGAAUUCGAUGAAGCAGUCAAGAAAGAGACAAGUGCUCUCCGACAGCAGGUGAGAUUUUGUGAUCAGCAUUCGUAAUCUUGUAACUGCAAAGUUUCUAAAAAGGUUCUUGCACCUCUGGACCCAAGAUUUUGGACUGCAAAACAGCCCGUGUUUUUUUGCAAGGUUAAAAAAGAGCGGUCAAAGGUUUCUGGGCUGGAGUGAGUGUAAAAACGGAGAGUGAGACUGGGGACAGACGAAAAAAAAUACGGUCGGUUUUUCUUCUCUCGCCACACCCACGCGCUUCGCGCCUUGCAUAACCGAUUUUGAGAAAAAAAAAACCUUGACUGUUUGGCAAUGUAUUAAGAUGUUGGAUCUGUUCGGAAUUUUUUUUAUGCUGUCUCAAUAAGGCGUUUUCCACCUCAACAGCUGAUCACGGUAUUGCUGUGAAUAGUCACUUCAGGGAUUUAUUCGUAAGCUACUUCAGCGUGCUGCUCCGUUAUCUUUUUUCGUAACGUUUUUUGUUGGUUCCCAGAUGAAAGAAGAAUCCGCCAUUCGUGAUAUGGAAAGUAAAGAAUUAACAGAAAGGAAUGAUCAACUUAAAAGAGAAACGGGAGAAAUGAGGUAAAAUGUAGAAGCCUUUGCUUUUCAAACUCUCAAGUAUGCAACAAGUUGUUACGGUCAUUAAAUCGCGGAACACUGCACGCGCGCGCCUGCACAGUCGCCUUUCAAUUCACGCGGAGACUUGACGCAAGGCAGGCGUUCGUGUGUCUUUCCCUAGCUCUGCCAUCUCAGCGCAGUAUUAGGGACAAGUCGUUGUUAAAGUUGUUGCUGACUUGAAAUGCAUGAUAUCAAUUAUAUUUGUGAAGACUGAUGUGAAGGUGAAUGAUCCUGGUUGGCUUGUUGAUAGGAUGAUGUGAUAAAGAGAUGAGCGUAAAAGGAUAGUCUAAGGGUGUAGGCUUGAUUCCCGCUGCUCUCUCGGGUCCGGUCUUGUUCCUUUCCCGAACAGCGGCUGGUUAUCGAGUCAUGGUUCGUACAAUGUUGAAAAGGUCUUGAAUUUUAGUACUCGCCUUGAAAAGUCCUUAAAUUCGGUUAUUAUUCUUGAAAUUCACUGCUUACGCCACCCAUUUUUUGUGAAAUUAGAUUAUUUUACCGAUUAAAUUUGGCACAUCCUUGUUAAAGGUAAGGUAAAAACAUUUUUGCCCAUGAGCAAUAUUUUAUUUCUGUUUCUUUAUUUCAAAUGUUAUGUCUGUACCUAAGAUGCAGAUGCAAGUUAUACCCAUUGACUGUUACCACUUUGCAAAGUAUUUUUACGGAAAGUAGUAUAAAGUAAUGUGAUCAACCAUAGCUGAAGUGUUUUCGCCAAUAACGUGUUUAAAAUGGAGUCAAAUAUACUGAUUUAUUGAAUAAAUCUUAGUCUGCAAUCUGUCCUUGAAAAGUCCUUGAAACUUGUUUGUCUGAAGUUGUACGAACCAUGUCGAGCCCAUUCAAGGCUGCCGCUCGCUCUCUUCACAUCAUCGUGAGCGGACCCUUUCUUCCGCUCGCUGUUUCUAGGUCUCCUGCCAUUAAAGUAGCUAACAGCCCUCAAAUCCUUGGCGAAUUGUUUAAAAAGCUUUUUCAAACGUCCCUCUCUGUAUUAACACCGAAACUUUUCAGAGUUUAGCCUCUUCUGUCAUAAACGACCUACUUAUUAUAGACCUUCAUACCUGGUCACGACCUUUUGCUCGUAUAUAGAAUGAUGUUUUUAUCUCCGCCGAGCGCGGUGCAGUGCUUUGUUUUGGCAAGGAUCGCUGGGAGGAAUUCCACCGCUUAGCAAAGUAAAAAUAAAAACAUUAAACACGUAAUGACUGGUCUCGAGGGAAACGAAAUGAACUGUUUCCCGAGGGACCAGGGAUUUGUUAUAUAGCUGGAAAUUUUGAAGCUGAAAAUUCAUUAAAGCUCGCUGUAAAGGCGAUCAUCGGUCAACAUUCGCGGGUAAUAGUGCACAGUGCACUGUUACUCUCUGACCGCGCAGAGAUUUUGGCGGGAAACAGUUUCAUUGUUAGAUGUCAUGUGACCUCGAAGUAACCAAUGAGAGCGCGCGCUGUUGGGAAAAAGUUCCCAGCUACAUAAGAAUUCGUGAUGUUUCUUAUGUACUAAGUUGCUCAUUAACACUCUUUGAUUACCCUCAGGGUUGUUAUGCAGGAGUAUGAGAAGACCAUUGCAGACAUGAUAGGUAACUGUGCUGCCUUCCUUAAAUAUGUGGCUAGUAUUAUGGUCUGGGAAGACGGAUCCCGAUCCCGCAUUCCCGUACCUCUUUCAACGAUAUCCCGAAUAUCGUUUUCUUUCCCAAUCCCGUAUCUGUACCCAAAUUUUCCUCUUCCCCAGGCCAGAAGCAGUGAAAUCCCGUAUCCCCUUAAGAUUUCCCGCAAUCUCGUGCUUUAUUCUGGUCAAAUCCCGGAUCCCUGGAAUAACCUUCGAGACCCUGUAGUAUUUGUGUAUAUUGUCUGAGUUUUCUAAUGUGUUAUGCUUCACACUUCUCACAGAAAAAAAUCAGAAGUCCCAAGAUCAUUACCACCAAUCAACAUCCGAAGUAGCGAAAGAAAGAGAUCAGGUAAAAGAAAGCUUUUUGUUGGUCACACGUUUUUAUUAAUCUAAAAUUUCGGGGAUAUCACCGCAAGGAAAGACUUGCCUUUUCUAACUUUAAUAAGCCUUCCCCUCCCUGCUCCCCACAUUUGACCGAAAUUACAAUAAAUCACCCCCUCCCCCCGUUCUCCUCCCCGGGCGCUUUUUCGAGUAAUAAGGGAGUUUAAGCAACGACGUUUUUGAGCGACGCACGUCGACCGGAAGUGGACUUGUUAUAUUCUUGGACCUUGGUUGUGAUUACAUUUUCGGGCGAAUCGUUUCAAUGAGAGUAAAGACAGUUAGCAAAACAAAUUUGGUAGCGUCAAGGCAUAGUAAAAGGGAAAGGACCCACUUCCGGUUGGCGUGCAAUAGUGCAUCUCACUGUUAUGAAAAACUAACGUCACGCAGUGUUUCCCAUGAUGAGGGUUGCGUGACGCACAUCCCAGAGAAGGGGAAAGGACUCACUCCCGGUUGGCGUGCAAUAGUGCAUCUCGCUGUUAUGAAAAACUAACGUCACGCAGUGUUUCCCCUGAGGAGGGUUGCGUGACGCACAUCCCAGAUGGCUUUUUGGCCGGAGAAAGUGUAGUCGUUCACAGAACAAUAGGGAGCAUUCCAUUUGAAUGUUUUUGUUGGAAAUUCCUAUUCUUUGUAGCUGCAAGCUGACUUGACGGCGGUGGAAACAGCGUUUUCUGAUCUUCAUAGAAGAUACGAGAAACUCAAAGGAGUAGUGGAGAAUUUUAAAAAGGUAAGAAAGUUACUGGUUUGUUAUUACUGUAGGAAAUGAUUUAGCUUUGUGAUGGGCUAAGGAAUCUCGUGCCCCUCUCUUUCAACUUGUUUGGAGUAAGACUUCAAACUACAGUCGAACGUCUACUAACGGCCACUUGUUUUAAGCCUGUCAAUAGGUUCUCCUGUGAGGCGAAGAGCGAACAGGCGAGAAGGGAGGAAAAAGAGUGGGAGGGGGACAGCCUUGUAGCCCUUCCGCCAACAUUUUCAGUCCGAUUUUCUCGCCUUACGCUGGAACCCUAAGGGCUGUUCACAGACUACUGAAGUCUUAGCCACUCUACAACGGCCAUUUACCUCUCUACCCCGGGUGGCUGUUGUGGUGAGAUUCUACUGUGAUUCGAACUUGUGUGCUCUCGUUUUCCCGCGCUUGGCAAGUGGUUCAUGCAUCUGCCUCUGAUUUGGUUUAUAGGAUUGUUUGUGCUCAUUUUGAUUGGUGGGAGUAAAUGCUUUAGUUAAGGUUUUACCACACAUUAUUUUAUUUAUAGAAACCGCUUUAUGUAAGAAAACAAGCGAGGAGAGGACUCAAGAUUUUUCUCUCCAAUGCCGAUUAAAGCGAAGGACUGCUGUUCACUCAAUGUCGAAUGCACAAAAUUUACAGAAUUUCAUGAAAGUCUGGUUUUAUUUUCACCAAACACCUACAUGUCUUGGUUGUUCAUUGAAGGGAAAUGCCUGAGUAAUAUGAAUUGCACAGUUUUUCUUCAUACUUCGCUUCCCUUCUCUUAAAUAUUUUUCAUCCGAUUUACCAUUCUCCUAAAGGGGCUCUUUUACCAUGUGUUUUUUUCAUCACGUUUCCAGAACGAAGAAAUAUUGAAAAAAGCAACGACUGAUUACCAGGAAAAAUUGAAGAAAUCAGAGGAAAAGUAUCGUCUGUUAAAGAAACACGCUGAAGAAAAAAUAGAAAGGUUUGUCUUCGUUAUAUGCCCCUUGGCAUACAGUAAACAAAUUCAGGGCUGUUACGACCUUUUUCAUCUUGUCUAGAAGCCGUCUUUUAUCCAUCGCUCAAAAAAGAAAGGAAGCGCAAAAAAGUUCAAGGAUUUCGCGAAUUUUUUUAGGCUCUCCUCUACAUAUGAUAGCCUAAGAUUUAUUGCAAUUCGUUAGCCUGUGCAGAAAUUGCCGGCCAUUCAGGCUAGAAUUAACUGAAGUACUUUAUUAAACUACAAGUGAGGCUAAGUCUAAGAUGGUACCUCCGUAGUAAUUGAAAAGAAAACGCAGGGGGGAAAAUUGAGCGAAGUUAAGAUUGGAAGAAACUUGCUUCUUACUCUACAACUCCCUUGAACUCAAUCUGACACAAUACUCGCAACAUUUUUCUUUCGUACCGAUUCACCUGCUCCUUACUCUCUAUCUUUUCCUGCGCUUCUUCUGGAUAAAGUCCAACCUUUCGUCGUAGGUUUGACGGUUAUUAUAAUUACUAAUUAAUUGUUUGUUUCUUUCAAUUCGUUAUAGCGCAAAUAUCGAAAUUACUCGUGUACGGAAAUCUAACGAGUCAGAAAUAGCAGUGAUGAAAGCAGCGCUCAAGAAAGAACAAACCAAAACCGCCAGUUUAGAAAAGAGUCUCCAGCAAAAGGUGAGUGGGUUUUGAUGGCUUUUGCGGAGCCAGAGUAUCAGGGGGUAAAGGAGAAGAGAAAAAAGAAAGGGGAGACAGCAAAGAAAAAGAAAAUUCCUUUCAUUGUUCCUUCCCCCCCCCCCCCCUAAUGAAAAAAAUCUCGUGAGGGAAAUCACACGAGAAAAAAAAAGAAGAGAGUAAAAAAGGCAACAAAAAAAAAAAAAAAAAAACGCCCAGUUUUAAAAAAGGCUUCCGAAAAAAGGGGAGGGGUGUUUAUAGGGUUUUGGGGGGCCGGCGAAUAAGGGGGAAAAGGGAAAAAAAAAAAAAAAAGGGGGAACCCCCAAAAAAAAAAAAAUCUCUUUUAUUUUUCCCUCCCCCCCCCCCCCCCCACCCCUACUCUGAUACUGAUACUCAGAAUUAUUUCAUAUACUUCACACUGAUACUCAGGUUACCUUCUUUAUGGACUCUCCCUCUGGGAACUAAGUUACAAAAUCGGGUAUGGACUAUGAAAGAGGCGUUUGGAAAGGGAAGGGGAAAGAAAAUUGGGCGCGCGACACCACGCGCGAGCGAGAAUGGAGAAGGAGAAUCUUCCCUCUUUCCUCGCGCGCCCUUCGUGCUCUUCACAUGACCGAAAUCCCCUUUCCCUUCCCUUUGGAACGCCUGCCAGGGUUAGGGUGACUAGGUAUGCAUACCCUACCCUGUGUGGUGACAGAAUCAGGCUGUUAUGUUUUGGUUCCUCAACUCUAUCUCAUCUGAGCAAUUUCAGGUUCUUGUGACGACGAUGGUUACGUUGUUUCCAAUCAGCUCUUUGACGUUUUUGUUUCUGUUACAGGUAUCCGAGAAUGCCGAACUUACAGCGAUAUGUGACGAACUUAUCAACAAAAUGGGUGGCCAUCGAUAGUCCGUGGUACUGCCAGUGACUGGUCUAUGGUCUUCGUCUCCCGACGAGUUGUUAAAAUGUAUUAUAGUGAAGUUGCUUUUCAAGGGAUAUGCUGAACAGAUACAUUACACCUAAACUAGCGUCCAGUCCUCCAGGGGCUUUUCAAAUUUGGACGAUGGAACACCGGCAAGCUUGCAGCAGAGUUUUCUGGACCUUUUUGCCUGCCAACAAGUUAGACUAUUUAUUAUCAGGCAAACCUUGAAAAUUUAGGACCUGAAGCCGUUAUGUGUUAGCCACCUCCGCCAAUAUCUGCACGACAAUAAUUGGCGUUUUGAUUACUCUGUGAGACACUGUGGGACAUGGUCUGUUCGCAAAAUUUGUCUGAGAUCACCUGUAGAACUACGGUAAUUUAACUAAGUAAAGCUUAUACUGAGAGUUUCUCUGAGUGCAAACUCUAUGUUUGCAUAUAAAUCAUAAAGGUAGCUUGCGUGUUAGAAAAACAGAAGUAAUCACCCGGACCUUGGAAGUCAGUAAUCAGCGUACGUUGCUGUUUUAUUCAGUACUAACAGUGUAAAAUCCUAAGAAAUGCAUGAAAGGCGCUAUGCAAAAGAUCUAGCAAAGAGUUUUCAGUUGACUACAAUUGAAGUAACAUUUGCCUGUUCCCUAGGCCUAUUCAUUCUGGGUCACGUGGUCCGAGCGAGUCUUUGAGCCGUUUCUCUCGGACACGUCACUGAAAUGCAUUGACCGAGAAGGCCUGGGAGGACGCCAUACAGGGACGAGGCAAUGGUAAUAUCCACAGUUUCAUAAGAGAGGAACUCAUGACCCUCUCUUGUCUCACACAGAUUCGGGCUAGGAAUAAAAGGGCUUUCGAGACAGACACCUUACAUGGAAGAAAUUCACACCUGUUGCGAGAAGUAAGAUAGUGGAGAAGAGUGAGCAAAUGUUGGAAGAUUGAAAGUUGUCUUAUCCAUUGGGGCAGAAAUUGUACCCCAUUUUUUUGCGUAGACGUGUGUUCCGCGCUCUAAAUGAACCUUUUUUAAUAAGCUUAUCUACUCAAUGAAACAGGCUAAAGGUUACGUAAAAUGUACAGAUGUGUAUAUAAUGCAGGCGAAAGACUGCCCUCCCACUGUACACUUCUGUGGGAAUUUCCUGUCUCCUUGAUUUGUUUCGUAGGAAUUCGAUGAUACAUGUCAGACGUUUUGCAUUUUCCUUUGCUUUUCACUAUUCUGAAUGAAAUGCAGCGGAGUCGAUUUAUGAGACAAAGGUAUUCUUUUAAAGUAGUUGUUAGAAAAUUGGAACUUUAUAAGCAACAGCAACAUUUGUCAUGUGUUAACUCGUUACAAGAUAAUGCUACCCUUUGUCGCAAAAAAUAGUUACUAAACUACAGGUUUGAUAACCAAAGCAAUUGAGCUUGUAAUUCUUUUUUUUUUUUUAAUCGUGGAACUGUACUUGUGUGCAAAGUUUGUAUAUAGCCUGUUCUUUGCUUGUCUGAAAUUUGUCUACUUAACUUUCAAUUGUAAAACCCGUUGGUCGUUAGUCUUUACUAGACUGACAGUUGAGGACACCUUCUGCCUUUGGAGGGUGUUGUACAUUCCUUCUAGGGUAUCUUGGUAGCUGAAAAAAACCUGGAGAUAGGUGAGAGUAAAAAAUGACUAUGUAAAAGAGAAAUUUCAUUUAUAUUUAAUUUUGUAGGAUAGUAAUCACCAAGGCUCGGGGCAUGUCCCCUAACGAGAUCUUUUUUUACAGCUUUGUUAUGACAAUCGUUCAUAAUUCUGCCUGUCAAUCUUUUUGGAGAAACCCUCAAAUUGGCGCUAGGGGCCCUCGUAUAUUUAUUAAACCAAAGUGGUUUUGCUGGACAUAAUAGUCCUUUCAUUUCUUGUGGGUUCCAGUUUUCAGAGUCUGAUGGGUGGGCUAAGGACGUCUGUUUCGAAAUGAAUGUGAAGAUUGAUAAAUAUAUUUCUUAUUUUUUGUGAAGGUGUUUGACAAUAAACUGCGAUAAAAAUAUUAGAAAUCUGCUG